CAGCUUAAAGAGACUGCGGAAGAAGUCAUGAUGUGGCGGCUAUGCGACGCGGAUUAGCCUAGCAUGUGGAGUUUAAAUGGGCAGAAUUUGGUUAUUUUAGGAUGAAACUGAUAGACAGGGCUUUAGUUUUGUAUUUUCUUGUUUUGUUGUCGCUCGUGUGGGAAAUUAAAAGCGAUGACACGCAGCCGGAGCUUCCAGGAGGCAGGAGAGAGAGAGAGGAGGAGGAAGAGGAGGACAUUCAUCAUCAACAACAACAACAAACACAAACGUUCAGCGGAGUAGGAGAAAAAAACGGACAAAAUGAAAACCCAGAUCCACAACCCCCCUAUAACAGAAUAAACAUCACAGAAAUGACCGGCAACGAAACAUUACGCAGCACCACCCCCACUACCAAGGCGACGACCUCGACCCCGCCGACGGUCAAGCCCAUCCUGCCGGUCCAGACGGGGGUGAAGGCGCAGGAGGAGGAGCAGUCGAGCGGCAUGAGCAUUUUCUUCAGCCUGCUAGUCAUCGGACUCUGCAUCAUUCUGGUUCACCUGCUGAUCAGGUUCAAGCUGCACUUCCUGCCUGAGAGCGUGGCUGUCGUUUCGCUGGGAAUCCUGAUGGGAGCUGUUAUAAAGAUCAUCGAGACUCAGGAGCUGGCGAACUGGAAGGAAGAGGAGAUGUUCAAACCCAACAUGUUCUUCCUCCUCCUGCUGCCUCCCAUCAUCUUUGAAUCAGGAUAUUCGCUUCAUAAAGGAAACUUCUUUCAGAACAUCGGCUCCAUCACCUUAUUUGCCGUCAUCGGGACCGCCAUAUCCGCCUUCAUUGUCGGGGGUGGGAUCUACUUCCUGGGACAGGCAGAUGUUAUUUACAAGAUGACCAUGACAGACAGUUUUGCAUUCGGUUCUCUGAUCUCAGCCGUGGACCCCGUAGCCACCAUCGCCAUCUUCAACGCUCUGAACGUGGAUCCGGUCCUGAACAUGCUGGUUUUCGGCGAGAGCAUUCUCAACGACGCUGUGUCCAUCGUCCUCACCAACACUGCGGAGGGCUUCACCGGUGCAGACGCCUCGUCUGUAACAGGCUGGCAGACGUUCCUGCAGGCGCUCGGCUACUUCCUGGAAAUGUUCUUCGGCUCAGCUGCUCUCGGUACGCUCACCGGCCUCAUCUCCGCCCUCUGUCUGAAACACUUUGAUCUGAGGAAGACGCCGUCUCUGGAGUUCGGGAUGAUGAUCAUCUUUGCCUAUCUGCCCUACGGUCUGGCUGAAGGCAUCAAGCUGUCAGGUAUAAUGGCCAUCCUGUUCUCGGGUAUCGUCAUGUCUCACUACACUCACCAUAACCUGUCCCCCGUAACGCAGAUCCUCAUGCAGCAGACGCUCCGCACCGUCGCCUUCAUGUGCGAAACCUGUGUGUUUGCCUUUCUGGGUCUCUCAAUUUUCAGUUUUCCCCACAAGUUCGAGUUUUCUUUCGUUAUCUGGUGCAUUGUUCUGGUUCUUCUCGGUCGAGCUGUGAACAUCUUCCCCUUGUCUUUCCUCCUCAACUUCUUCCGUGACCACAAGAUCACCCCGAAAAUGAUGUUCAUCAUGUGGUUCAGUGGCCUGCGGGGGGCGAUCCCGUACGCCCUGAGCCUCCAUCUCGGCCUUGAGCCCAUAGAGAAGAGGCAGCUUAUUGGCACCACCACCAUCGUCAUCGUGCUCUUCACCAUCUUGUUAAUGGGGGGCGGGACCAUGCCCCUCAUCCGCAUCAUGGACAUCGAGAAAAGCCAAUCACGGCGCAGGACCAGAAAGGACAUCAACCUGAGCAAGACCGAGAAGAUGGGUAACACUAUCGAGUCUGAGCAUCUCUCGGAGUUGACUGAGGAGGAAUAUGAAGCUCAGAUUAUUCAGAGGCAGGACCUCAAGGGUUUCCUGUGGCUCGACGCCAAAUACCUCAAUCCCUUCUUCACUCGCAGACUCACACAGGAGGAUCUGCUGCACGGGCGAAUCCAGAUGAAGACUCUGACCAACAAGUGGUAUGAGGAGGUGCGACAGGGACCAUCUGGCUCCGAGGACGACGACGAUGAAGCUGAGCUUCUCUAAAACACACACACACACACACACACACACACACACACACACACACACACACACACACACACACACACACCUCACUCAUACUGAAUGUGCUACACAAGCUGUACUUUUGUACCAAGUCACUGAAACGUGCCAAAACUUUACUGAAGGGCAGGAGAGUCGUUUGGGAUCCAGAUGUUCUUUUGGAUCUCUAAUGGAUUGAAAAAAAAAGAAAAGGAAAAAAAAAACAUUAGUCAAUUUGUUUCUCUUUUUACCACUUUUUCUUUAUUAUUUGUUCUUUUUUUCUUGCAAAACCUGAAAAUAAUUAUAAAACAAAUAAAAACAUCUGGAAUGAAGACUGUUAUUUAUGAAUAUAGAUGAUUUCACAUGAUAUUCCAGCAUCGAGGAGUUCACGCUGUUAUUGAUGUUUGCAGAGGGAAACUGACCGAAUGCAUCAAAAAAACACUCAAUAUUCAUUACGCAUUUAAUAAGUGGAGAGUAACAGCUGCAGUUCUGCUGCUCCGAAUCACACACACAGAUAAAGUAGUGCCAGAAGAUUAUUCAAAAGAAGUCAUUUAGCAAAAUCUCAGUAUUCCACCACACGCAAAACUUCUCCAUGGAGCUCAGUGAGAUCACACCUAACCUUCUCAGCCAAUCACGAUCCACCAUUCACACUAACCAUAUUUCACUCAAGACCAUGACUUUAAUCAGUCUUUAUUCCAGAUGUUUUUGUUGUUGUUUUUUUUGUUUUUCUUUCCUGUGAAGGACGAUGUUGAAUGUAUGGUUGAUGGAAGAUUGUUAUUUUUAUAUUAAUUUUUUUCUCUAUAAUUGUUGUAAAUGAUUAGAGAUUUUAUAUAAUAAUUUAUGCUUUUUCUUGCUACUGAAUCGUUUUAAUCCGAGAAGCUGCUGAGAAAAUCCGGUUAAACGUUCGCUGUUAUGCGAUUAUACACGUAGCUUUUUUUUUUUUCUUUUUUUGGGGGAAAACGCAUUUAAAAAUAAUAUGCUAAUUUUAUUACCUUAUAUUUAGUUUGUCUUGCGUUACGUGAGCAUUUGUAGAAAAAAAAAGGUUUACUACAGGGGUUUCUGGUGGGUUUUGUUUUGUAUCAGUUAUAACAGAAUCGUUAUAUUACAAUAUUUUAUAGAAAAUUAUUUAAUAAUAAAUAACAAAGGGGCGUGGCCAAAAUGUAUCCAAGGAAAAGAAGUUUUAUUUCUAGCAAUUUAUCUUCCCUGUGUUGGAUUUUACAGAUUUUUAUUAACAAUAUUAGAAAAAUAAAAUGACAAAAUAAUGAUUAAGAAAAAUGCACAUAUUCAUAUUAUUAUACAUAUAAUUACUAAUAAACUAUAAAUGAGAGGUUUAUUGAACAGAUAAUUUUGUGGUAACUGGUUUUGGUUCAGGAUCAAACCCACAUCUCAUUUCUUCUUGUACUUUUUUGCUUUUGUUUGGGUCUUUUCGAGGGGGAUGUUUGUACAUGGGGGACAUAAACUUUUGCACUCCACUCUAUGUGCCGUAGAUGAAGGAAAACAGAACUGGAUUUUUCACUUUGUGAGAUGAAUAAAAGUUUUUAGUUUUUAUUAUUUCAGCUAUAAGAUGUCGAGACGUGUGUUAGGCGAAAGCUGCAGAUGACGUCAUGCCUUUACGUCUUUUUUCAGCCACAGAGUUUUCGAUUUUUGCUUUCGGUGGAAAAUGUCUGUUUUCUGAGAUACUGUGACUGAUAUUUGAAAUAAAUUUGUUAGAAAAGUUCA